UAAAGCCGCCAUACUUGGAAUUACUCCAUUUCCUCCUAAUUCUUUCUUUUGGCACUGCCCAGUCAGAAAUCAAAAGAGAAGGAGAAGCUGCUAGGGACUCCAUCUUCACCGACUAGGGUUUCUUGUUCCACUCUAUUUUUCAACCCGUGCUCAAUCUACAGUUGUAAUUGCUUCAAACAUCUUCUCUCUUUUUCGUCCUCCUUUUUUUAACAUCUUCAUUAACAUCUUCCUUGAAUUCAACUAAAGAAAUUAUGGCGAUGUUGGCACUUACUGAUGAUGUGAUUUUGCCCUUUAAUAUUGUAUCGAGUUCGAUGAAUGUGCUCGAGCUUGAAGCAGAUGGUUUGGAUAAUGCUUUGAUCAUGACUCUUGCUUCAAAUUCCGGUACACUUCCAUUGGACUCGUCCUCAAUGGAUACUGUUAUUGUUAUCUCUAAAGCACGUGACUUUCCCGCUGCACCAUUGCUUACUGAAAUAUUUAGAAUAAUGAAGCCAGAUGGAAAAGUUCUUAUUCAUUUGAUUGAACUUGGGGCCGAUCUUCCUUCUGAUCAGCAGAUUCUUUCUUCUUUAGAGCGGAAGAUACUUGUUACUGGAUUCUUGGAUCCAGAAGCUAUCCCACAACAAUUAGACGCAUUAUUAGGAAUUCAAUCUAUACAAGUUAAAGCCAAGAAGCCAUUUUGGAAAGUUGGAUCUUCUUUUUCUCUUAAAGCAUUUAAAGGUUUACCCAAAGUUCAAAUAGAUAAUGAUAUGGAUCUUAUUGAUGAGGAUUCUCUCUUGACCGAGGAAGACUUGAAAAAACCACAACUGCCCACUGUUGGGGAUUGUGAAAUUGGAAGCUCUAGGAAAGCCUGCAAGAAUUGUACAUGUGGAAGGGCAGAAGCAGAACAGAAAGUUGAAAAAUUAGGAUUAACGAUGGAACAACUGGAUAAUCCUCAGUCUGCAUGUGGCAGUUGUGGUCUAGGGGAUGCAUUUAGGUGCAGCACAUGUCCAUACAAAGGUCUUCCUCCAUUUAAAUUAGGAGAAAAGGUAUCAUUGUCGGAUAAUUUCCUUGCAGCUGAUAUAUAGACCGGAGCACUAUCAAAUUCAAUUGCAUCUUUACGAACACCGUUUAUGCUGUUAGAGAGAAAUGAUCAUGGUGUGCAUUUGUCUAGAAUGUAUGUAGUUUAAGAAAACCUUCUGUUCACCUCAUUAUAGUGCUUCUUGUAUGUAAAAAUGGUAAUUUGUUGAUCAAAACGAAAGCAACAUGGUUAUGUAAUUCAGUAUUGGGAUCAAAUGUCAGUCUACACAAUCUAUAGAGGCUUUCUAGCCCUGACGAUUCUUCUUUAAAUUUGGCGCUUAAGCACAAA